AUGAAAGGCUCAAAUAUCAACAUCAAUACAAUUAAUACUCAUUCAAACAACCCUACAAUUAUGUCUAAUAGUGAGCUGGAAUCAAGGGUUAACUUUGACGAGUUCUUGGAACCACACAGCGAAGAUGAUCAACAACAACAACCGCAACAAGAACCACAACAGAAUGUAGGUUCAGAUGUAGAAGAUGAUGAAGAAGACUUUUCGAAGAUUCAAUCACAUAGAAUUGAUCAAGGCCAAAGAGAAACUACCGUCAAGAAGAAUGUGAGGAAGGCCAAACGUUUCGAAACAUCAGUGACUCCAUCCACCGAAGAUCCAGGGUUUGUUUCUGUCAACCACGAAGAUGUUUCUGAUCAAUUGGAAUAUCGUAAUGAAGAUCCACAAACAGCUCGUAGAAGACUUCUUGAAGAAAGAAUGGACUCUGCAGUUAAGCUGAAAUCUACCAGAAGACGUAAAGCUGACGAAGAUGAUUUGGAACGUAUGCAAGAUGACCGUAUUGAUGACUUGAAGGAUAAGAUGAUUAAAGCUGCCAAUUUGGACGUUGAUAAGAAUUCACAGGGACAAAUUGCUACAGAAAAAUUGAAGUUAUUGAGUGAAGUCAGUGCUGUAAUGCUGAAGGCUGACUUGGCAAUUUCUAUUUUGGAUAAUAAUUUGUUGGAAGCUGUUAGAUUAUGGCUUGAACCUUUACCUGAUGCAUCCAUGCCUGCUUAUCAAAUCCAAAAGGAACUUAUUCAAUCACUUACCACUCUUCCUAUCAAGACAGAUCAUUUGAUUGCCUCUGGAAUUGGUAAAGUACUUGUGUUUUAUCAACGUUCCAAGAGAACUGAAGGUAACUUGAAGAAGAUUGUCGAUAAAUUGAUUGGUGAUUGGACUAGACCUAUUUUAAACAAAUCAGACUCUUACAAGGAUAGAACUAUCCAAUUCCAUGAAUACAACAAGCUGAAGUUUACCAACCAAUUAUCAUCUGUACGUGGGGUUAACAGACCAAAGGAAGAAAAGACUUUGUAUGAACAAAGUGCUGAAAGAAGAAAGAGAGCUGCUAUUCCAUCAGCUAGAACAUCUGCUUAUAAGAUUGCUCCUAGAGUUGAUCCAAGUUUGUUGAGAAGACAACAAAUGAGAAGUGCUGGUUCAGGAAUGAGAGAUGAGAGAUUCAGAAGACUUAAUCAAAAGUUGACAUCCAUGGGGACAAAGAAGAAAAAUACUAAGAAGGGAGGACCUUCUAUCGAAGGUAGAAAUCUUGCUAUGUAA